CUAGGGUUUUGCCCGCAAACCCCGGUCCCGGUCCCAGCCCCAAUCUCAAUCCCGCUCCCACCAGCGGAGCGGCGUAGCCGCCGCCUCGGCCGCCCUCGGCGACCGCGCCAGAGAGCCGGCGACGAUGGCGAACCGCACGGACCCCCUGGCCCGGAGCAUUCACGGCACCAACCCUCAGAACCUGGUGGAGAAGAUCGUGCGGGCCAAGAUCUACCAGAGCAACUACUGGAAGGAGCAGUGCUUCGGCCUCACGGCGGAGACCCUCGUCGACAAGGCCAUGGAGCUCGACCACACCGGCGGCACCCACGGCGGCAACCGCAGGCCGACCCCCUUCCUCUGCCUCGCCCUCAAGAUGCUCCAGAUCCAGCCCGACAAGGAAAUCGUCGUCGAGUUCAUCAAGAACGAGGACUACAAGUAUGUCCGGGUUCUUGGGGCCUUCUACCUGCGCCUCACUGGCACCGUCGCCGACGUUUACCAGUACCUCGAGCCGCUCUACAACGACUACCGCAAGAUUAGGCAAAAGCUCAGCGAUGGAAAAUUCACGCUGACACACGUUGACGAGUUCAUUGAUGAGCUCCUGACCAAGGACUAUAGCUGCGACACUGCCCUCCCCCGCAUUCAGAAAAGAUGGGUCCUUGAAGCUUCUGGAACUCUAGAACCAAGAAGAAGUGCACUUGAAGAUGAUUUUGAGGAAGAGGAGGAAGAUAAGGAGGAUGGAGCGCCCAUGGAAGUAGAUGAGCCUAACACUCGUGAAAAGGACCAUCUCCGUGGAAGGAGCCCCACCAAAGAACGGGAAAGGGACAGGGACAGGGACAGGAAACACGAAAGGCAUCACAGGGACCGAGAUCAUGAUAGAGAUCGAGAUCACGACAGGGACUAUGGAAGAGGCCGGGAAAGAGAUCGAGACAGAGACAGAGGCCGUGAAAGAGAUAGAGAGAGGGAUAGGGAACGAGACCGUCACCGCAUCCGAGAUGACGACUACAACCGAGAUAGAGACCGGGAAAGAGAGAGAGACCGGGAUGGCAGGGAAAGGGAACGACGGGACAGAGAUCGUGGUAGGCACCGGAGCCGUUCAAGGAGCAGGAGCCGGGAUCGGCGUGAAAGAGACCGUGAAGAGGGAGAGCUCCGUAGGAGACGUGGCCGUGGUAGCGCCAGUCCUCCUCGAGGGCGUCCCGACGAUGGUCCGAGGGAGGAGCCCAAGAAAAGGAAGGAAAAGAAAGAGAAGAAGGGCAGCGGGAAUGGUCCAGAUCCUAAUGAUCCAGAGAUUAUAGAGAUGAACAAGCUUCGGGCAUCGAUAGGGUUGGGACCACUGAAGUAGUGUUACAUUGCUGUAAUGUAUUUUGAAGCUUCAAAUUUCCCUGCUUCUUAAAACCAACAAGGAAUAGUUAGCAUUUUUCUGUAACACUACAAGCUUGUCAAAAUACAGUGGUUUGGCCUGCUUUUCUGGCUCUGCCUUCCUGGGUCCUUUUUGCAUUUUUCUCGAGAUACAUAGUGAAGUCUGGUGAAGGAAAGCAUUUGGUUUUACCUGUA